AUGCGUGGUCCACUUCUUAUUUUAACCACGCUGGUGGCGGUCAACGAGGCCUACAGAGCCUUGGUGUUGUUUCCUUAUCCAUUCAGGAGUCACGCUAUCUUAGGUGAUUCGAUCGUUAACUCUUUGGCUAAGGCUGGAAACCAGGUUACCUAUAUAACUGCCUUUCCAAAUACCAAAACGGCACCUGGUGUUAGAAAGAUAGAUGUUAGCAGCAGUGCAGAUAUAUUCAAAGACAAAACUCGCGAUUACUUGGACAGCUGCCUGAAUAAAACUCCACUUGAUAUCUCGUUCAGUACCUUUGUCAAAUUACCGUCAGAAAUGUUUUUGGAUACAAUUCAAAACAAAGAAGUCCAAAGGCUCAUUAAUGAUCCCAAUGAGCAUUUCGAUAUUGUUAUCGUGGAAUGGUUGUUAAAUGAACAGUAUGAUUUGAAGAAACUGCUGGACAACUCAAAGGAUGGACUUAUUUUCUUCAGUUUGGGUAGUAAUAUAAAAAGUAAAUAUUUACCAGACCAACUGAAACAGAGUCUUUUGAAAAUGUUCGGUGGCCUGAAGCAGACGGUGCUGUGGAAGUUUGAAGAAGAUCUCCCAGGCACUCCGCCCAAUGUUCAUAUAGUACAAUGGGCUCCACAACAUAGCAUAUUAGCACAUCCAAAUUGUAUCAUAUUUUUAACUCACGGAGGCUUACUUUCAACCACUGAAACCAUCCACUUUGGGAAACCCAUUAUUGCGGUACCGGUAUUCGCUGACCAGUUCACCAAUGCUAGGAGAGCGGUGCAAAAGGGUUUCGGUAUUCACGUAGAUAUGUCAUAUAAUUUAGCUGAUGAUAUCAAGGCUGCGGUCCAAGAGAUGACAAGUAAUCCUAAGUAUAGCUUAAGAGCCAAAGAACUGUCACUUAUAUACCACGACAGACCAGUCACUCCUGACAAGGAGCUGAUGCACUGGAUAGACCACGUGGUGAAGACUGGUGGGGCUGCUCAUUUGAAGUCACCAGCUUUAUUGGUACCGUGGUAUCAGAAACUAUACCUGGAUCUCCUUGCUGUUAUAGCAAUACUGAUUUAUGCUAUCAUCUAUGGUAUUAAAAGAGUCAUAUCGCACUUCAAGAAAAACAAAAGCAAAACAAAGAGGAAAACACAAUAAUUAACGAAUAUUGACAGUGACUGAAUAAGUAUUAAGAGUGGUAUAAAGAUUGUUAAUAAAACGAUUUUUUUUAGACUGUGUUUCACUACAUUAUUUCCUGGUCUGUGGGAUUCACCGAGCAGUUUUAAAAUAGUACUGAUUCCAUUGUGGGAACGUGAUGCUAGACGACCUAUAUACCUCUGCAUUUUUCCUAGAUUGGAAUCAGUACUGCUUUAAGAUCCUUCUAAAUAUUUG